GUCUCCUUCCUACAGUCCUAGGGCCGCCGGGCCGCCGCGGGCCUGCUGAGCCCAAUGCGUCUAUUACCAGAGUAGAGAGUCUGCCAUCAUCUCACAUGUGCCACAAAGGAUGGCAUGGCCCGGGAGUGCCCCACCACGUGGCUUUCACCCCCUGCAAAGCCGGACCUCGCCCAGUGACACAGUGUCAAGCCCGCAGCUCUCCAAGGAGGAAGACGGCCCAGGCUGGGGGCAUGCCCUCAGCCGCGGCCUCUGAUCCCUUGGCCAAGCAGGAGAGAACUAUUAGCAGCCUGAGGAGCUGGCUGGCUGGGAGCCUCAGGGACUCGCACAACCUUGCUCCCAGCUCACGCUCAAGAUGUGGACAGCUCUUGUGGUCAUUUGGAUUUUCUCCUUGUCCUUAUCGGAAAGUCAUGCAGCAUCCAACGAUCCACGCAACUUUGUCCCUAACAAAAUGUGGAAUGGAUUAGUCAAGAGGAAUGCAUCUGUGGAAACAGUUGAUAAUAAAACGUCGGAGCAAUAAAACUUCUGCCUAACCACGGCAGCAACUUCUCCUGUCACGUUGACCAAAGGGACUUUGGCAGCCCACCUCAACUCUACGGAAGUCACAACAGAGCACACAAGCAGGACAGACUUGAGUGAACCAGCAACUUCAGGAAGUGCAGCUGAUGGUGCGGCCUCCAGUACUCCCACGACUGCGGCCUCCAGUACGACUGCGGCCUCCAGUGCUCCCACGACUGUGGCCUCCUACGACUGCGGCCUCAGUACGACUGUGGCCUCCAGUGCUCCCAUGACUGCGGCCUCCAGUACGACUGCAGCCUCCAAUGCUCCCACGACUGCCGCCUCCAGUACGACUGCAGCCUCCCAUGCUCCCACGACUGCAGCCUCCAGCACUCCCGCGACACUGGUACCCGUCAUGCCCAUAUCCACAUCCGCUACUGCCACUGGGCAUCCAUCUCUCAGCACAGCCCUGGCACAAGUGCCAAAUAGCAGCACGGUGCCAAGAACAGCAACCCUGGCCACGUUGGCCACACAUGCUCAGACUGUGGCCACCACAGCAAACACGGGCAGCCCCAUGAGCACUCGGCCAAGUCCUUCCAAGCACAUGCCCAGUGACACCACGGCAAGCCCUGCAGCCCCUACGCGUCCCCAAGCACAAGGUCUCAUUAGCCAGGUGUCAGUGGACCAGCCUGUGGUUAACACAACCCCAGAGCCCACCCCCAACCUCACAGUGGUGACCACCACCAAGGCACAAGCCAAGGAGCCAACUGCCAGCCCAGUGCCAGUGCCUCACACCAGCCGAAUCCCUGAGGUGGAGGCCACGUCCCCCACGACACAGCCAAGCCCCACGCCAUACACCCAGAGAGCCGCUGGGCCAGGCACACCCCAGGCACCGGAACAGGUAGCGACUGAAGCCACACCAGGUACUGAUUCCACUGGGCCAACACCCAGGAGCUCAGGGGGCCCUAAGAUGCUAGCCAUGGACUCCUGCCAGCCCAGCACCCAAGGCCAGUACCUGGUGGUCACCACCGAGCCCCUCACCCAGGCCAAAACUAUCCUCCUGGUGGUGCUGUUACUCGGGGUGACCCUUUUCAUCACAGUCUUGGUUUUGUUUGCCCUGCAGGCCUGUGAGAGCUACACGAAGAAGGACUACACCCAGGAGGACUACUUAAUCAAUGAGAUGUAUGUGGACUCGGAAAUGUGAGGGGGUGGGGCCUGGCGGGAAGCCGGGCCCCUUCCUUGUCCUUUCCUUUUGCCUUUGAGACCAAACCAAGUACUUCCAAAUUCUUUUGGUGCAAUUUAGGAGAUAUGCCAGAUGCUUAAACACAUUUAAUUGCUGUCAGGUU